AACGACACGUUUAAAUAUUCCGAUUUUUUUUUAAAGAUACCUGACUCAACUGUGAAUCUUCAAGAGUCUGUGGGGGGGUCAAAAUGAGCUCCUCGCUUCCAAAAAGCGAAUCCACCACAUCCCUGAUCAAAACCAACCGGAGAGUCCGCGCGGACCCCGCGAGCCACCGCAACGGGCACCGGCACACGGGAGGUGGCGGCGGCGGAGACUCGUGCUGGACCGAAGAGUGCGAUGCCACCGCCAGGAGACCCCUGUGCCAAUCAAAACACGUACGAAAAGCGGAGAAGGUCCAGAAUCCCCGCGGUCAGGAUGUAUAUUAUCAGGAGGAUGGACCUGAACACCGCAAACCGUCACGGCACCACCACACCACUGACCCUCCGGUCCAACUCCACGGGAAUCCCAGCACCAGCCGAACGACUUCAUCCCUCUCCAAGCGCUCGGAGGAAGCCGCGCUGUUCUUUGAAACGAAGGACGAGCGUCAAAGCCUCACCUCCAGUCCACCUCCAGCGCUUCAGCCCAGUAGCACCCGAGCCCCCGGGAGAGCGAGCGCAUACAGCGGGGCGCUUGAUGCAGACCUCCAUCCCAUAGUCAAAUCAGUCUUUGGACAGAACAGAGAGCUGAGACCAGAGGAACUGGAUGAGCUACGAGAAGCCUUCAAAGAAUUUGAUAAAGACAAAGACGGCUUCAUUGGCUGCAAAGACCUGGGGAACUGCAUGAGAACCAUGGGAUACAUGCCCACUGAGAUGGAGCUCAUCGAACUGAGUCAGCAGAUCAACAUGAACUUGGGAGGACAUGUGGACUUUGAGGACUUUGUGGAGCUGAUGGGCCCCAAACUUCUGGCUGAGACGGCAGAUAUGAUCGGAGUAAAGGAAUUGAGAGAUGCUUUCAAAGAGUUCGACACCAACGGAGACGGUCAGAUCAGUACAGCAGAACUAAGAGAGGCCAUGAAGAAACUGCUGGGCCAGCAGGUGGGUCACAGAGAUCUGGAGGACAUUCUGCGGGACAUCGAUUUAAACGGAGACGGGCACGUGGACUUUGAAGAAUUUGUGCGAAUGAUGUCUCGCUAGAGGAAAGGUGGACAAACCAUGUCGUAAAUUGGAUCUCCUGUGCUCUGGCAUAGAUAGAGGAGGAUGGAGGUGAGGAAAGAUCAGGAGGAAGCGGGAGCAGCCUCACAAGAGGAACUUCUGGAACAUGACCUCUGACCUUAAAAGCACACAAGAAAGAACUGCACUAUUACCCUCCAUAACAGCUUUCAUGAAGCCCAGAAGCCAACAGUGGGAACGAGAGGAUGACUCUAAUACUAAUACUGUGAUCUCUGAAAUAUAUUUGUGUAAUGUUUUGUUUUUACCCAAUAUAAAGCCUGCGAAGGGUCUGAUGCAAAAGAAAAUGCCCCGAGAGCAACCAAUCAAAACAGCAACUGAUCAAACUACUCGAGUAUUAAAAAAUUUCACUACUUUCAUUUACUGGCAUCUCACACCUACUUUGUUACAGUAGGGGUCAUCAGAUGAACUGCAAUAACAUUGCCAGUUUCAUAUUUAAGCUAUUUAUUAAUAUUUGUAAAAUAUAGAAAGAUGAGUGUGUAUACUUUCCCUUUAAAAGACUCUAUGAUAGCUUAUUACUCACAAAGAUUUUAUUUUAUAUAUCAAUGUACUGGGAAAUGCUGGAAACUUUGCUAUCAAUCAUUUGCUAUUAUUGUACAAUACAUAUGCACUACUGUAUGCGUGGACAUAUUUUUGAAAUGAAGAGAAAGAUUUGCCAUAAAGAAAACAUUACAUUGCCCUGGUUUGCACACUGUCUUGCAUGAAUGCUAGUGCUGAUACUAUUGAGUCAACACAGCCGUGUAGCCUACACUUGUGUGGUUCUGUCAUGUAUUUAAAUGUUGUAAGUUUAGUUAACAGUCCAUCAAGCAUCUUUGAUCUUAAUACACUAUUUGAGACGUACUUUGUGUGAGUGAAUGUGUGUGAGAGAGAGAGGUUGGAUUGAUUUUCUUGCAUCUUAUUUGUGUGAUUUCAAGUUUGUCUUACCCGAGUUAUUCUAUGCAUGCCAAAACAACUUUUUGUAGAGUGUAGAUUUCAUUAAAGAGUUGUGCAAUCAAACAGUUUCUGAUUUGAUCUUGUAUUCUUAAAACACCAAGACUAAUCUGUCGAUAAUAAAGCAAUUGUAUUAUUGAGCAACAU